CGAGAAACCAGAGCAAAAUGUCGCAAAUUCAAUCGCUGGAUUCACUGUCGGCGAGCAGACUGAGAGCACUCAAACCCACCGAAACAAUCACAAUCCUCUACAAACCAACAGUCACCUCUGAACCCCUGAUCCUCGCCGAGUCCUUCCCCCUGGGAAUCGCCACAACAUUCUCCACAAAAUGGAACCUCGACUUCCGGCCCACUGGCAUCAACAAGAUGAAAGUCUCCGAGCUGCAACGCAAACCAAUCAAGAAAUCCGUCACCAUCGCCGGCGGCCGAAUGAACAUCCACAAGCACAUUCUCGCCUGGAUGAUAUCAUGUUGCGAAGGAAUCGGUAUUCAACGUUUUUCCGGACCGGCCAUGAAACCAUUCGCAUACCUGUACCAUGCACGAGUGUGUGCGGCCAUCAUGGGAUGCGAGUAUCUCCAACACAAAAUCGAGAAGCGCAUGGAACAAAUGGCCGCUGGACAGAUUCAUUCCGAAGACGUGCGGUGUCUGUUUCUGUCUGUGGAGCCACAGGUAGACGAGGACAUGAAGAAGUUUCUCGCUGAACAUGUUGCAAUCAGAAUCUGGGAGAAACGGCUGAAAGCAAAGGGUGCUUAUAGGACUCUGAGGGAGGAGAUUCCGGAGUUUAAUAAGAUGAUUGAUGAGAUUUUGGGGAACAAAGUGGAGCAGAGGAAGAUGGAGUGGGAAGCCAGAAAAAGGAAGAGACUGGCUGGCCAAGGAAAUCAUGGACUGAACGGACGCUCUUCUGGUGCAACAUAUGGCCGAGGCCAAGGCAACCGUGGACUGAAUGUCAAUGGUCCGGAGCGCUCUUCUGGUGCACUGGCGGCAUAUGAUGGUAAACCGGGAAGCAGGGUGAGUGGCACGGCAGGCAAAAACACACUCACACCCACACCAACACCGGCUCCCACUGAGCCAAAGGCAGAAAAGGUCAGUACUGUCAAGGUGCAGUCUCCAGUGGUGCGUCGAGGAAGAAAUGGGCGACCUGCUUUUGUUCGUUUCGACUUGGGAGUGACGAGGGAUGGGGUUCGAGCUGCCGGUGGUCAGAUGUAA